AUGGUUUCCUUUUUGGGUCGAAUGGAGACUCGCCGUCUUCACGGCACUGACAUGAAACGCUUGGUGCGCAUCCUGCGAGAUGUCCCGACACCCACCGAGGAGCGUUAUGAGCGCAGAGUGGCACUCUACCGAAAGUUCACCAAGUUGGAUAUCCAAGAUCUCCCUCGUCGCUUACGCUCCUCUCCUCUAUUCUUCGGGACUUCUGGAAACCUCUGCUGCAUCCACAAAGGUCUAGAUGCACAUCUAAUCAAUGACAUCUGGGCAUGGGUGAAGCACGAGUUCGAAGGGGCGAUCGGCCAGUUUCUUUACCCUCUGAUCAUGUGUAAUCUUCUGACCCCAGACCAAGAGUGGAAGGUGCGUCAAAUGGAACCUGUGCUGCAAAUGUGGCGACAGGAUUUCAAUAUUGAUGCUUCUGCGCCGCCUGGCCAUGAGCCCAUCUACUGUGGAGACAAGUGGCACUAUCAGCGCGAUCAGUGCCCAGCUUGUAUCAUGGCGCGUAUUGCUUCUGAUGAAGAUGUCCUCUCUGCUCUCUUUGCGGGCAUGAUCGGCCGCUUGAGUACAAAAAGUCUGACGAAUCCCAACGCCGCUCCUGAUACUCCUUACUGGGCAGAGACGGGCUCGAAGCGUAUACGGUUCGUAAAAUACUGGAUCAAGAAGACUCGUGGCGGUGAGAAGACCCUUUACGAAGCCGGUGACCUUGGUAUGAGAUUAAAGUUUUUGAUACUCGAGCGAAGGCACCAAAAGGAGACUCUGUAUCAGACGCUCUCUGGCACAACAGCGAACUCCUCUUCAGAUACAUCCUCCAAUCACAAAAAAGCUGAGUACUCAAUCUAUAUGCAGGUUGACACAAAAUUAGGUCCGAACCCUCGCCCUUUCAGCGUAGAGCAGUUCUCCCCAGCAGAACCCCUAGGUUUCGAUAUGCGCGAUAAGCAGGACUACAUCUCUACCAAAUCAUACAACCGACAAGACACGCACCCAGCAUACCACCAAGACAACUACCAAGCCUCACCUUGUAAGUCCUCAUUCUAUUCAUCCUACCACCACCACUCAAACAACUCACUGAGCCCCAGCGACAGCAUCAGCGUAACAGCCCUACAUCCCGCGCCCCUACGGAUAAAAAAACGAGACCCAAGCCACACCCGCCACCGCAACUCCUCCACCCUAAGUACAACCAGCACCAUCCUCUCCUAUACUGGCAGCCCCUCACAACACCCACAAUACCGCGACCCCUUCAACAACCCCAUCUACAACAUCACCGAACCAGUGAAGCUACAUCAAGAAAAUUAUAGAAGGCUCUUAGCUACUGAAAACCCUUAUACGUACUCUAGUUUGACGUUCAACAUUGAACCCGACGAUCAGCGCGACACCGCGCUUCCGCGGCCCAAGCAGGCAUCCAUGUACUUUGCGUACUGGGACAAGAAGUUUAAUGGGGAGAGGUUCGAUGGCGUUGAUGAGGAGCCGAGGCGUGAGGAGCUGGACACGUGGGAGAGGGAG